AUGAGCGACACUGUCAAAAAGCUUUCGACUUGUGACAGCGACAAAGAGCGCGGAUCAGAAAAAAAGAGGGGAGAGAACAAGCUAGCAAGUUUUAUACUUGAAAUUCUAGACUCUAGCAACCAUAUAUUGUGGACACAAUAUGGUCCUGCCAAUGCCUCAGAUAUCUACAACAUCAACACAAUGCAACAGAAAUCAGUCAAGUCAAUUGUGAUAUCGGUACAUGGGGACCUGGAUGUGCAAGUCUAUGCCCUAAAGAAUGCCUUAGUUAUUGCAAGGAGGACACAGGGAUUUGCUACCAAUGUUAUGGCAAAAGGAAUCCCCCUUCAUGCGAUGUUGGUAGAAUGCCUUCAGUCCACCUGGGGACUUAACUGUAGCUCUAAUUGUAGCAUUAAUUGUUUCAACCAAUCUUGUGAUAAAUACUCGGGUAUUUGUAACGAAGGAUGUAAUGGAUAUGUCAAUCCACCUUUAUGCACAACAGAAUGCCUUCAGUCCACCUGGGGACUUAACUGUAGCUCUAAUUGUAGCAUUAAUUGUUUCAACCAAUCUUGUGAUAAAUACUCGGGUAUUUGUAACGAAGGAUGUAAUGGAUAUGUCAAUCCACCUUUAUGCACAACAGAAUGCCUUCAGUCCACCUGGGGACUUAACUGUAGCUCUAAUUGUAGCAUUAAUUGUUUCAACCAAUCUUGUGAUAAAUACUCGGGUAUUUGUAACGAAGGAUGUAAUGGAUAUGUCAAUCCACCUUUAUGCACAACAGAAUGCCUUCAGUCCACCUGGGGACUUAACUGUAGCUCUAAUUGUAGCAUUAAUUGUUUCAACCAAUCUUGUGAUAAAUACUCGGGUAUUUGUAACGAAGGAUGUAAUGGAUAUGUCAAUCCACCUUUAUGCACAACAGAUGUCUGA